AUGCAAGAACUUGCCACAGAUAAUCCUUUGAGAGGGGUUCAACCUCAAGACCGGACAUCUGUACUCCCAGCUGAAUCACUCGCGCACAUUCUUUCAUACCUUAUUCGACUCUAUCCUACACCCCUGCAGCGUGCACAGCGCUCAAAGAAGUUGAAGACGAGCCAAGUACGGAUACCAGAUUGGCUCUCCGUUACUCACGUCUGCCAACGAUGGCGCACGAUCGCUUUGAGUACGCCUUCGUUAUGGUGCCGAAUCGUGCCAAACGCGGAAAAGUCGUGGGAUAUAUUCAUCCAACGAUCAGGAUCUGCUAUGCUAUCUAUCGACGGCUGGUGUCAAUUCUUACUCGAACCCGACAUCAUGUCUUCGCGCAUAACAUCAAUCCUUGGAUUACAAAAUCGUAUACAAAAACUCGACCUCCGUGGCAUGUUGCAACACAAUCUGGACGCCCUGAUGACAGGCUUCGCUCAGCCUUUACCGCACAUGACAAGCCUCUGCAUCGAAUGUCGGCCUCCUCCGCGCGGACGAUCACUGGCGGAUUUUCCGCCAAACAUCCUUUCCACUAUGCUUCCCAACUUAUCUGAGUUGAGAUUGUACGGCAUAGACUUUCCUCGCGAGACCCACCUGUCGUCACUCCAAUUCUUUGAAUACCAAUACGCUCCGCGCGGAUAUCCAACGUUCGUGAUGCUUCCCCAUUUCGACAUUUCCGUUGUCGUCAACACCUUACGUGGGAUGCCAGCCCUUCGCACUCUAUGGCUACAUCUUAAAGUCCUGAAAGAAGCACCCUUCCCUUUCGAUCCCAUGCCCUUCGCGUUACAACAUCUCGAAGACUUGGUCUUGAGGACCGGCGACGCCCAGGGCUGGCGAAUCUGGUCCUUGCUACAACUUCCGUCACAUGCCGAAGUCGAUAUCGCUUGCACAAGGAACACGGGAUCCGGGGCAGGAGACCUUAUGGCCUCCGCUAUCUUGUUACAUCUCUCCACGAGUUCCCCUUUACGGGCGCUGUCGAUCACAGUUGGCCCGAAGUACCGUGAUACCGACUAUGAGAGGCUUACUUUGACUCUCAACGGUCCUGAAGGGAUAUGUGAAGAGGCCGAAGACCGCUCGACACUUCCCUGCCAGAAGCCUUCCGUGACGAUCAAUACGGAAACCCCAUCCGGAACAGCCCUAGUCAAACUUCUUUUGGCGCGGCUUCCGUUGUGCUCGAUCUCUACCUUGACUUUUGAUGUCAAGUUUGAUGACCAAUGGGAUCUUCGUGCGAUACGAGACGCAAUCCUUCCCGCCCAAUCACUGAAGAGCCUGGAGCUCGGCAAAGACAUCGACAUCGCCGAAGCGAUCCUGGUAGCUCUUAAAACCCGCAGCGUCGUGGAACGGCUCGAUGUGGGCGACUCAGCGAUGGCGUUAUUCCCUGCGCUCGCUCGACUGCAAUACAACUCCGCGAACAACUCUACCACCGCUGUCGAGCACGCGUUCCGUGUUCGCCGCGCUAUCGGGCCCGAUACCACAUCUUUCAGACUGGUCCAUCGGUCGGACGAGGAUUGGGAGGGUAGUGCGAGUAUGUUGAGGAGCUUGGGCUUGGACUUUGCCGCUGAGUGA